CCCUAAUGUAGUGAUUCUGUGAAGAUGUAUAUAAAGGUCUGUGUGAAAAAUCAACACAGUCAGAUUGAUAAUGUUUUGUUUUUACAAUUUAAGUACAUAGUACAGUGUCAUGUUCAUUAGUGCAAACCGUAGCAAUAGAUUUCAAAAAUUUUGCAACAGAAAAAGAAAACUUUGUUAUUGGGCAUGCUCAGAUGCAACCUUGCUGUUUCAGAGCGUUAUUGUCAAAUUUUGUGCCUAUUGAACGUGACCCAGUAGCAAGUGUAAGUGUGGCUGUCUUUGGAUUAGCCCUCUCUCUGCCCUCAGAGCCCAGCACGGUGGACCUGGAGAAGGUGUCCAAUGUCAUCGUGGACCAGUCUUUGAAGGACCAGGUCUUCAGCAAAGAGGCAGGACGCAUUUGCUACACUAUCGUUCAGGCUGAGGCCAAGCACAACAACGGAAACGUGUUCCGGCGGAAUCUGCUCAACCGGCUGCAGCUGGAGUUCGUGGCCCGGGAGGACACACGGCUUCGCUCGCUGCAGGAGUGGGUCUGCUUCGUCACCUUCAUCUGCAACGUCUUCGACUACCUCAAGGUGAACAACAUGCCUAUGGUGGCUCUGGUGCAUCCUGUGUUUGACUGCCUGUUAAGGCUGGCUCAGCCUGACUCACUGAACAACGAGGAAGAGGUAGACUGCCUGGUGCUCCAGCUGCACCGCAUCGGGGACCAGCUGGAGAAGAUGGACGGACAGAAGAUGGACGAGCUCUUCUACCUGCUGCGGGACGGCUUCCUACUGCAGGAGGGCCUGAGCUCCAUGGCCCGUCUUCUGCUACUGGAGAUCCUGGAGUUCAGAGCCGGGGGCUGGAUGCUCAGCGACACGGCCCAGAAAUACUACUACAGCGAAGUCACCGACUAGACUGCGGCUAGGCCAGGCUACGGCUAGGCCAGGCUACGGCUAGGCCAGGCUACGGCUAGGCCAGGCUACAGUAGGUGGAUGAGGUUCAAUAGGAACAACAUGGGAUUGGACGUGCUCGGGUUGGAAUCUCCCGUUUCCUGUCUACUGAAUGUGACCCUGAAUGAUAGUAUUGGGAAAGGGGCUGCAUCGUGGAUGAUUCCAGAAAGGACACUUUUUUUUUUGCUGGGCUUUGCCAUGGGGUAGCCACUAGUCAGUCUGGUUAGCAGCAGGGAUAUUUCCACUAGCCAGGUAGUCGGUUUGAAAUGUGCAAUUGUAAAUGGUUGUUAAAAGGUUUUUUUUUGGCGAGAGGGGUAUUUGAAUUGGAUUGGUUUGAAGCAAGUUUGACUGAAAUUCAGGAUAUUUUGUGGGUUUCGAAUUGCAGUUUUUACUCCAGUCGAAUUAUUUAUUAUUAAUCCCUUUGCUUUCUGACAUUCCAAUGUUAUGAGACAUUUCACUAUUCUACAUAAGUAGUUCAGACACACAUUCCAGUCACAUGGGCUUGACCAUGAUUGAGUUAAUCUUAUAGAUCUUCUGCCAGUCGUUACUGGUACUGUUUUCAAAGGUGAUGAUCUUUGUAAAAUUUUCUACAAAGAAUCUUGAGAGGUCUGUAGAACUUUUCGAGAGCUUAGACAUUCAUUAGGCCCAAGUGAAUGUAUGGAUCAAAUUAUGAUCUUACAAUCAAUGCUUUACAAAAUAGGCUGCUUUUACACAGACAGCCCAAUUCUGGUCUUUAUUUUGUUUUACCAGUCAUUUGUGUUUUUACCAAUCAGAUGAACUAUUUUGUCUAAAUACAGCCAUAGGGUCCAAAUCAAUUGGACAAAAUACUUUACAGUCAACUUUAGUUUUAAAUGCACCUGUUGUUUGAGUGGUAGAUUAAAAUGACUGAAAAGCAUUUUGGCUAGAGUUGAGGGAUUUUUGACUAAAUCAAUCAAACAAAAGAUUAACACAACGCAUGUAACUCCACGUGGGUCCACCCUGCUGCCAAUGACUCUUAAGCCUCUUCGUUUCCUCUUGAGGUCAAAAAGCACAUGACAAGAGAGGGUGACAAUUUGGUAUUAUUAGGAUUUGGGACCAAGAGAUUUGUCAUAAGUAAUUUGUAAUAUUUCCUUUCUGAAAAUAUCAAUAUAUUUGACUUUUUAUGGUCUGAAUCCUAGUUUCUGAAUUGUUAAUAUCACAAGUUUAUUUGAAAAAUAGUUUUGUAGUACAUGUGAUGCCAAUAUAGACAGCAAUAUCGUCAAAGCUGGAAGUUCUAGUCAGUUUUUGCUGAUUCUAAUAAGAACUAGUUUUGCAGAUGUUUUUGUAUUCACAAGUCUCUAAGAGGUACUGUACCUCUUUUAAACGACAUGGUCCACACUUUGGUGCUACAAAAUGGAUGCUGGCUUUUUGCUUUCGGCUUGGGAAAACUGUGCACCACAAUGCAAACAUUUAUUCCGUUUGGAAGCUGAGAAUAUUACUGCAUUAUAGUGACUUUAUAAGUUCUGUCUGGCUGUUCACUACUCGUUGCUGUUAGAUUUUCAAAACAGUAGUACGUCUGAGAUUCAUUCCACCAGCACUAAGCUUUUACCAGCUUCACUUUAUUGAAGAAGUCCACAUCUACUAGUUUUUGUAGUUCAGAAUAUGUAUGUUUUAUAAUGUUUACACUGUGUGCUGACCCGAGUGCUUUAAUACGCUCACAAAACCAAACACGGUGUCUUGGAAAAACCACUGACCACAAUCAAGCAGCAGACUAUUUCUAGGUCCUGUUCCAAUAUCUUUAACAUUCAUCUAUCCUUCCUUCCUCAUAGUAAUCACUGAUCUAAUGUGAUCCAUUGCAGAUAUUUUUCCUACCCUAGUUAUGUCAGCUCAGUGAUUACUGCAAGAAAGUGAGGGAGGCAUGGGGAAUCGUUGAUAAUUCCAGCAGGGAUAUUGACUGAAUGAAACUUUGAAGAGGGAAGAACCAUAUCAUUUUUUUGAAGAUAUGAUCACAAAUAUUGUGUUAGUAGGCUAUUUUAGUAACCUCUGUUGGCCUUAGUGGACAUUUGUCGAAUAGAUUGAAAAGUUUAUUUGGUAAUAGUAGUUGUGGAAUCGGAAUAGUAACACUUGGGUGACUGACAUAACUUUUCUAUUGUUUUACAUUUAGUUCACUAGAUCAGUGUUUCUCAACAGUUUUCAUUCAAAACUGUGGUUCUCAGUGUACAUUAAGCAAGCACUAAAAUAAACUUGUUGGUCAUCCACUAGUUUGAGUAUAUUUGAUAGGGCCAUGAUGUUGAAAGAAGAUUGAAGUAAAUGUGUAUAUGCUAUAGGGCCUAUUUAUUGCUACAUAAAGACCAAGUAUUCAAAGUAAAGUAAUUCAGUAGAAACCUAAUUUGGACAGGAAGUGCAGCACUCACAAUUUGCCUACUAGUGGUUUGCGUACAUGACAUUUGUUUUACACAGAAUUACCAAAUAAGUUUGAGCAUUUUGUACAUUUAUCUACCCAAGUAGAUAUAUAGAAAGUUUGAGUUUACUGCGUGAAGACAGAGCUCAGUGUAUAUUUUCCUAUAUUUCCAUUACUGUAGUUGGGUAUCUGUUCAAAUGUCAGAAGUACCAACAUUGGUCAAUUUCAUUUUUGCUACUGCUGUACAUUGACUGAAGAUGAAUAAAAUCACAUUAAAAUAAAAUCGACCUGGGUUUUA